GAUAAAGAGUUUCCCAGAUGAGAAAUAGCUCUUUAAGAAGAAGGAAAACUUUCCAUGCUGUUAGUGCUCUCACAACCAUGGUGAACAUUCCUAAAACCUGCCGGACUUCCUGUAAAAAGUGUGGAAAGCAUCAACCUCACAAAGUAACACAGUACAAGAAGGGAAAGGAUUCUCUGUACGCACAGGGGAAGCAGCGUUAUGACAGAAAGCAGAGUGGCUACAGUGGGCAGACUAAGCCGAUUUUCUGGAAGAAGGCUAAAACUACAAAGAAGCUUGUGCUGAGGCUUGAAUGUGUUGAACGCAACUGCAGAUCUAUGAGAAUGCUGGCUAACAAGAGAUGCAAACAUUUUGAACUGGGAGGAGAUAAGAAGAGAAAGGGCCAAGUGAUCCAGUUCUAAGCUUGACAAUAAAAUCAUGAGGAUAUGUUAAAAAAGAAAAAGAAAAUAUGUGAACAAUAAAAUGGCAAUAAAUACAUAUCUAUCUCCAACUGAAUCUAAAAAACAAAGUACAUGAACAAGCAGAACAGAAACAGGCUCAUAG